CGUGUGUCAACAUAGCAAUUCCCAAAACAUUCCCAGAUAUUUGCUAGUCCGUGAAUAUUUUCUAUCAGAAAAAUGAAGGAACCUGCUACAUCUGAAAAUGACCCGAUCCAGAAACGUUUAAAUAAAAUACUUGAAACCCGCCUGGAUACAGAUAAGGACACCCUCGAAGCCUUGUCCGACCUCUCAACAUUUUUCACGGAAAACACCUUACAAACCCGACGAAAUCUACGUAGUCAAAUUGAAAAGCGCAGCGUCGCCAUCAAUGAGAACUUCCUGGAGUCAUUUCGUGAAGUGAAACUCUCGCUGGACUCCAUAUGCAACGAGAUUGAUGCAAUGGCGAAGUCAGUGAAUUCAAUGAAGGAGAACUUGCGAAGCUCGCAGGCUCUCACUCACGAUUUGAUCCAACAAACAAAUUCACUUCAAGCGGAGAGUAAUAAACUGCAAAUUGACCAGCAAAUAGCCGGCGCAUUUUUGUCACGAUUCCAGCUAAGUGUAGCCGAACAUCAGACGCUGUACGGAGCCGUGAAGGAUGCGCCAAUCACGCCUGAUUUUUUCACAGUUUUGGACCGAGUUCAAUCCAUUCACGCUGAUUGUCGGAUACUAAUGCAAAGUGGGUACCAAACGGCUGCAUUGGAUAUUAUGGAGGAAAUGACGCUGCACCAGGAAGGGGCUUUAGAGCGAUUGUAUCGAUGGACGCAGAGCCAUUGCCGGAAUAUUGACUCUCACGAUGUUGGGUCGUUGGUUGUGCAAGCGAUGAGCCGGUUGCAGGAUCGUCCCGUUUUAUUCAAGUAUGUGAUUGAUGAAUACGCAACUGCUCGUCGUUCGGUGCUGGUUCGAUCAUUCAUUGACGCUCUUACGGUCGGCGGACCAGGGGGGAAUCCAAAACCAAUCGAAAUGCACGCUCACGACCCCAAGCGAUACAUUGGGGACAUGUUUGCGUGGCUGCAUCAGGCCAUCCCUACGGAAAAGGAAAAUCUAUUGCUUCUGAUCAAGCUUUGUGACAAAAAUGACCUUUCCGAACAAAUCCAAAACGCGCUAGCGAACAUUGCUGAUGGAGUUUGUCAUCCUUUAAAAAUCAGAGUGGAAACCAUCCUCAAUUCCGAAAAGGACACAAUUAUCCUUUUCGCGAUAUCGAACUUGCUGCGGUUCUAUCAAAAUAUCAUUAAUUAUGUCGUGAAGGGAGGAAACUUAGAACAAUGCCUGAUCGAGCUUAGAGGCCACAGCGAGCAAUCCUACCUCAACGCCCUUUCGGCUCAAGUCCGAAGUAUUCUGCAACGCCCAACGACGCAAUCAAUGGGUUUAGAUCCCCCGCAACGGGAUCUCGUUCCACCACCAAGCGUCGGAAAGCUUUUGAAUAUCCUCAAAGAAAUUUUGUCAGUUGCCAGUAUGGUGGAGGGCCGCCAAUCAGACAUCACAAAAAUCGUCUCCUGCGUUAUCGAUCCACUACUUCAAUCCGUUACCGAGUCAGCUUCACACUUGCCCACAAUCGACAUGGCUGUGUACAUGCUCAAUUGCUUAUAUCACAUGCAAACGACCCUCGCCAUGUUCGAAUUCAUGGACGAACGAAUGGAGAGACUACAAGCGCAGUCUGAUGCGCAAAUAGACACUCUGACAUCAGAACAGGCUUCGUCACUGGUGGCCAACUUGAACCUGGGACCGAUCUACACAAUUUUACAGAACAGCCAGGCGCGGAUUGAAGCGAAUUUAUUGAAGAUCUUUAUGAAUAAAAUGGAUGCUUUCCUGGAAAUGCCCGAUGUGUUGCUUUUGCCACAGAUUAACUUGCUUUUGAGCAGCACGCAUCGCUCCACGGUGCAGAAACGUUCAUUUAAUGUCAUUAUUACUAUUUAUAAGCAAAUUUACGAACGGAUUCAUGAUCCCGAAAGUGGUUAUGAGAGUCCAGAAUCAUUUUUCUCUAAGACACCGGAACAAGUAGCAGAGCUGCUUUCUGGGUAACGAGUGGGUGUCGUUACAAUACCGAUAUUGUGAUUAUAGGAACUAUCAAUAAAAUAAAAAGUUAUUUUGAGAAAA